AAUGUAGUUGUCUGCUAAACGCGGGAUUAUCAGUUUGCUUAAAUGCCUAAGUCGGUCCACAUUGAUACGCUUCCAAGGACACCAGGAGGAGAACAUUUGGAUACCAACCAAAUAAAUGCUGACGAAAUUGAAUUCGACUCGGAGAUAACAAUUAAGUCAUCCCUCUUGCGUGAAUGUAAACCGGGAAAUCCUUGGUUUGAGGAAGGUGAUCUAGAUGAGGAUGAUUAUAAAAAAUCAAAGUUUGUCGCUCGUCAGUCUUUAGAUCUCCGAAAAGUACGUUCAGAAGAGGCUAAAAUCAAAGCCAUCUUGUCGAGUCCCAUGGUGGAUUCUCGACCCAGAAGACUGAGUUGUUCAAAAUCUUUUAGUGAGGACGUGGAAAAUCUCAAUUCCCAAACUCCGUUGCGUUUAUCUAAAUAUGGUGAUCUUGUCUCCUCAGCAUCUCGGCGCCUGUCUCGCAUAAUCAUUAAUCGACGAUUAUCUCUAAUGGAAACGAACCAUAACAAUGCCUCCUUUGGGAAACUGAAUUCGCACACCCGAACUCCUACUAUCAAGUGUUACAAACAAGAUAACAAGGAAGGAAAUCCAUCAACUCCUGAAGAUAAAGAAAAUGUUGAACCGUCAAAGGGGGAUGUCGUAUUGCUUUCUACUUCUAUGGCAGAUCAACCAUAUGGUGAUGUUGCGAACUCUUUCAUACGUGAUCCAUGCUCUGUUUCUGAAUUCCGUCUGCUUGCAGAUAUGGAAACAACUCGAUUAACUCAGUUAUGCGGAGAUUGGAAUUGUGUAAUGUGGGAAGAAGGCAGCAGUAUCCCCGAAAGAGCAAUUGAUUCUAUCAGAGCAGCUGUCGGGAAGUGUCAACUGUUGAUACACAAGAAAUUUACAUUUUUUCAACACCUAGUUGAAAUGGCAGAGAAAAGUCUUACAGAAGCUGAUUCACCUUCAAAUUGUACACCAGCACGAAAGACUGAUAUAAAUGACCUUCUAGGCUAUUGGACAUUAGUAGCUCAUGAAAUCAGUUUAUUAGAUAGUGCUUUUGAACGUUUACGCAUUUGGCGUGAUGAUUUUGGUUGGUCAAUGGAUCAUUGCCCUGUUACACCAGCUAGAUCAGAAAUUAUUAAACAUCUUGACCGUCCAUCGAAACGUUUACUUACACCAAGGUGUAAUAAAUCAAAGAAGUCUCGGUCUGUUAUCAAAGAUGAUUUUCCGGUCAAUGAUCAAUUGAAUUCAUCACUUUCUAAAAGUGCGAGCACAGUUGUCAAAACACCCAAGACUUCAAAAAGCAGACCUACAAAAUCUAGGUUUGCUCGGUUUUUGGAAGCUAAGAAGGUGGCAGUUGCGGAAGUCGGUAACAAGGUUCAACGUCGUCGUAAAAGUAUCAUUGAUGUACUGUCUCCACUUGGAUUGCGUCCAGUCAAUAGCGAUAACAGUAGCAGUAUGCAUAAAGCAAACAGUCACUAAAAUAUUGGGUGAAUAAUUGUAUAAACAUUACUGUUUUAUAGCGUGGAAAUGGCAUCACUUCUCCUUUGGUUUAUGCAGUAAUUUUAUGUCAAAUACUGAUUUAUUUCUUUUCGGUUGUCUAACUAAGACUCAAAUCCAGCUGUAUGUGUUUCAUGUUCUUGAAUAAAUAGUUUCUCACAGUCUUAUCCUUACUGACAGUGAUAGUUAUAAUCUUUGUUUAUUGUUUAUUCUUGUCCAGUUU